UUUUGGUUUCUUUGCUCGGUCCAGUCACUCGUUCCUGCUGGUGUCUGUUGCUGUUCAUUCGUUCUUUCAAGUCACUCGUUACUGCCCUUUCAGGGUCACCUUUCCGCGAUGGUACACUUCAUCUCCAUCGGCCAGUUCAUCAACAGCAUCUUCCAUUUCUCGGGCCAUCAGAAUGCUGGAAACGCAGCAGCUGCUGCUUCGACCGUUCAGGCGGCAGCUACGUCUAGUGCUAUCGCUGCCUCUACUUCUUCUUCUUCAAUAACUGCUGCUUUGAUCUCUUCCACAUCUGCUGCUCUUACUUCUCCCACAUCUGAUGCUGCUUCUUCAACCUUCAUAUCUACCGCUGUCGCAUCCUCAUCCUCAUCGUCCUCGUCCUCAUCCACAUCGACUGCCACCGUCUCAAACUCUACUACACAAGCAGUCUCUGGCUGCGAGGCUUUGAUUCAAGCUUUGACCUUCCCUGACCAGCAGGUCAGCGUUGUGAGCUGCGAGGACAUCACCGCCGGAACCGCGCUUACACUCCCUAGCGGACCCUCCAACUGCAAUGGCGGUUCGGUUCAGAUCGACAUCCGCAGAAUCACCCUCAACGUCGUCACCUCUUAUGCUUCUUCCAACUAUGUCGAGGUCUGGCUUCCUACUGGACAAGAUGCCUGGAAUGGAAGAUUCAUGGCCACUGACAACAAAGGUCUUUCUGGCUGCCCUUCCUACGAUGACAUGAUCUAUACCUCGAGCUUGGGCUUCUCUGUGGUAGGAGAUAAUGGAGGACACAACAACACUGAAUACCUCGGUAUGGAUGCCCAACAGUUCUUGGACAACAAUGAGCUGGUCAUCGAUUGGUCUUAUAGAGCUCGUCACGCUGCCGUCGUGGCCGGAAAGCAGGUUAUCAAGACAAACUACGGUCAAGCUGCAAGCUACAACUACAUGAUUGGAUGCUCCAACGGAGGUCGCCAGGCUCUUCAAUCUGCCCAGAUGUACCCUGAGGACUUCGACGGCAUCAUCGCAGGGUCAUCCGCCAGUGACUUCAACCACCACAUUGACUGGUCUGGCAGAAUGUACGUCUUGACUGGCGCUGAUGAGAGCGACGCAAAGUACUUGACAUACGACGACUGGGUCAUCGUUCACAACGAAGUCCUCAACCAGUGCGACGAAGCUCUUGAUGGUGUCGCUGAUGGCAUCAUUGAGGACUCGACCAUUUGCGACUUCAAUGCCACUACUUUGACUUGCGUUGACGGCCAGACCGAUAACUGCCUCACUUACGAACAGACCUCAACAGUCUGGAACGUCUUCUCUCAGCUCUACGAUCAAGAUGGCAACCUUUACUACCCUCGUCUUUCCCCCGGAGCCGAGCUGUACGCAUCUACGAAUGGCGUCUUGCACGGUGUACAGGGCCAUGUAUCAGAUUGGGUCGGCAGAGCAGUGUGGAACUCCUCCACUUGGGAUCCUUCAACUCUUUCACAAACCGACUACACCCAAGCAGACGAUACCGAUGAGCUCCACGGGACAGUGUCGUCUUUCAACAGCGACCUCAGCGCUUUCCACGCUGCGGGAAAGAAAUUGAUCAUGUACCAUGGCCUCAUGGAUCCCGCGAUCACAGCGGAGAACUCACAGCGCUACUACCUGAACGUCGCCCGCGAUAUGAACCUCGACCACACUGGUCUGGACGACUUCCUCCGCUACUUCCGCAUCAGUGGAAUGUAUCACUGCACUGGCGGUAUCGGUGCUUGGGCUUUCGGACAGAAUGGUAACGCGCAAAACGGUACCUCCAACGUAGUCUGGGAUAUCGUAAACUGGGUCGAACAGGGAGAGGCUCCCGAUACAAUGACGGGAACUAAAUUUGUCAACGACAACCCUACUCAAGGUGUAGAAUUUGAGAGACAUCACUGCAGAUUCCCAUAUCGCACUACCUACAGCGGUCAGGGAGAUAGCGCCGAUCCUGAUAAUUGGAGCUGCAUCUUGAUUGAUGAUUGGCAGGAGUGUGGUGUCUACAAUGUCCCCCGACUUUGUUAGACCCUGACACUUUCUGAGCAGCGAUAAAGAUAAAACUAUAAACAUAGACAUAGAUACAUAGGAUAUACUCAUAAUGUUUGGUGCGCGUUAACACAAUAUUACUAUAACCUACAUACCGCCUCAAAGUGGUGACGAAGCGGGGCAAAAGCCGUC